AUACCUUUGGUAAAAAAGUCAUUUGUCUAUGUGGGAGAUUUAAAAGUUUAACGGUUUGUUGUUGUUUGAAUAUGUAUCAAUAUGUGUAAAUAUUAAAAUUGAGAUAAAUUUUGUGAAAAAUGUCUGUUAACAACUACGAACUAAUAAGCAUUCUCGACAAAGAUAAAGAAAGGAGUCCAAAAUGUUUCAAAGUGAAAAAUAAAGAAAAUGGUGAAUUUUUUGCAUGGAUUAUCAUAGAUCCACAACACUUUUCAAAACAACAAAUUGCUGCAUUAGAAGAAACUUUUCAAAUAAGAAAAUAUCAAGAACAUCCAAAUUUAUUAGGUUUUUAUGAUUUAUUUCAAGAAACAGAUACGGAAUUAUAUUAUUUAGUCCUUGAAUACUGUAGACAUGGGUCACUAAAAGAUCUUAUGGAUGUUGCUUUGAGAGAUGUUUCACGUAUAUGUGAAGAAUUUUUAUGUAAAAUAAUCUAUCAAAUAGCUCUGGUUGUUAAGACAAUUCCAUUCGUAACUAACAUUGAUAUAAAAAAUAUUUUUUUCGAUGAAAACUACAAUGUUAAACUAGUUAAUUUUGAUUUUGAUUGCAAGAGAACGAAGAGCAAAGGUCAAAAGUUAAGUUCAUUAGGAGUUUUAAUUUAUGAGAUAUGCACAUUUAUUAAAUUUAAAAAAAGUAGUUUCGAAAAAGAAUUGAAAAAUUGUGGUAAUUUAUAUUCUAAGGGUUUUUUACUACUUAUCAACAGCUUGAUCAAAGACAAUAGCGAUUUAAAGAAAAAUGUGGACAGAAUAUUAUGCAAUUCUACGAUAUUAUUAAAAUCAACCCAUUGGAAUAAAUACAAAUUAUUGAUAAAAAUUACUGACACAAUUGUUGGUUCUGCAGUACCCUCUGAAAAAGCAGAUGAUGUUUUUCUUAUCCAAAUGGAAAAAUUGAGGGAGAAGGAAUUAAUGUUACAGAAAAAAGAAAAGCUGUUACAAGAAAGAGAACAUAGAAUAUCGAUUAAAGAAAAUAAAUUGGCCGUAUUGGAACUUACACUGAAAAAUAAUAUUAAAAAAGCAAAUGAAGAAUUAGUAAAACAUGAUCAAACAUUGAAAUGCAAUUUUAAAAAAAUGAGUUCCAUUAUUGAGAGAACAAAUGGUGUUACAGAAAACUUGGAUGUGAGCUAUGUAAGUUGUGGGGAUUCGACAAUAGUUCCUACAAGCAAAAAACUUGAUGCCAACGAUAUAAUUAAACCUGCUUUAUUCACAAGAACAUUAUCUGAAAAACGUAUAAAAUUUAAAGGACACAGUCCCUUGAAAGACAUUGAUUUUAACAGAAGAAAAACUGUUAGAUACCCAAAAAUUCAGAAAGGGGCGAAUAUGAAAAUUACUGAUAAUGAAUGGAUAACUUGUUCUGAUGAUACAGAUAAGUCAUCUCUCACUUACCAUAAAAACGUUGGUAAAAAGGGAAAACAAUUGUUUCAUACAUAUGAAAAUAAUGAAAAGGUGGUCAAUGAUAAUACUGAGAAACCCAGAAAAUGGACAGAGGAGAAUAAGAAACACGCCUUUGAAUUACUUAGGUUAAUGAAUGGUGAUAAUAAAGAGAAUAAUCCUUCUGAUGUUAAACAUACCUACUUGUAGAUGUUAAUCAUCAAUUCCAGUUAUCUAAGGAAUAAUUUAUAAAAACAAAGUAUACCACAAUGAACUGAUUCGACGUGUAUAUCAGAAACUACUGGUAAUAUAUUGGUGGAAAUAAGAAAAAUUAGUUUUACAAUUUUCCAAAUUUCUAAGAUCCAUGUAUUUUUUUUGCAAUCUUUAAAAUAUUUAAAACUUUAUUUACUCGAAUUACAGUCACUGUUGAUCCAUGUUUCCAUAGAAAUAUUUUUUUUUGUGAAAAACUGUCGAAGUUUUGGAAAAAUAUAAAUAAUUGGAAACUAUAAA